AUGCUUUUAAUUUUACAUAAUUUACCAAAAACUAUUACUAGCACAUACAUUAAAGAGUUUUUACGAAGACAAUGUGGUAUGGAUCAAUUUAUCCUAGAUAAAUUGGAGGAUGAGAAUUCUCUUUCAAAGAGAGUUACUAUUGGCGUAGCUGAAGAGACUGAUGCUGCCAUUUUAGUUAGGAAAGUCAAUGGAUUCAACCUAUUUGGACAUCAACUUUAUAUUGAAGUCAUUGGUCAAAAUAAAUUAAUAUCAGAACAAGCAAAGCCUACAUUAAGUGGUACGCAGUCCUUACAAGAAAGUAACUACUCUGUGCAAACUUAUUCUUUCCAACAGAGUCCUAAUCCACCUGGAUCUUGGACAUUCAACCCUUAUGAAACUCUUGUCAGUAAUAAUAUGCCAAACAAUAGUUUCGUGCAGGCACCAGCGAUGCCAUCAAAACAAGCUCAGUCUCAAUGGACUACUAAUUUGGGGACCUAUCAAAGUAAUAUCCCCUUUUACCAGCAACAGACGUGUGAUAGUACUGAACCGCAAGAAAACUUCCAGGUUCCUGCAGAACCUAUGAGUUCUAUAAAGACAGCUUUGAGCUUUAAUACUCUAAGCGACAAUUGGGAAUCUCUGAGGAUGACGGUUUCGUAUCCGGACAGGAAGAAUCAAAAUAUUAGUCAUGUUACUUAUCGUCAGUUUGAGUUAUCAAAUCAGCAACAGAGUACGAGGGAUACUCAAGAAGGUAACGAUCGUUAUCGCGAUAGUGAUAAGAGCCUGGAUCGUGAUACCAACCGCCUAAGCGAAUGGCGUACCCAUACCAAACAAUCCCCACAACACGAUCGUGGUGAGCAUAAGGAACGCGCUACCCACGGUCGUAGGUUAUCUCGUGAUCGAGGCUCUUCUCGAGAUAAUCGCCAUAGCGAUUUAUCGCGCAGUAACUACGAUAACGCAAAACGUGACACUUCUGUCCGAAAACGUAGGAAAGAUUCCUACAGGGAAGUAAGAGGGCGGGCGGUGGAUGAUGAUGAUAAACAUCAAAAGUCCCACUCACAAUUUAAAGGACGUACUACAGAUAAUUACCGAGACAUCGCGUAUAAACGUGUUGAACCGCCAAAAUCAUCUCAAGGCAAUAAAAGUUAUUCAAAACCGUCAUUUAAAUAUUCUGAAUCACCACAAUAUUCUAAAAAUAUUGACGAUACAUAUAUCCAAAGACCUGCCAAUAAUGAAUAUAAUACAAGAGAGAGUAGCAAUUUGAAAAGGAAAUAUACACCUGACAUUAACGAAGUCAAUCAAGAGAGUGAAAUUCAACAAAAACUUAUGCUUUUGGCUGAAAAGUUUAAUGCCCCUAAGUCACAAAUAGAAUCUUUGGAGAAAAAAUCCAAACCCAAUGAAAAUGUUUCUAACAAAGAGAAACACCAACCUGUACUGGAUUCUAUGAAUAAAAAGCUUAACAGACAUACAACAUGGGUCGGUCAAGCCACAUCGGAUAUAGCAAAAAAAGUCUUAGCUCUGGGUGGCCAAAUGACGGCUGACGCAACUUCAAAACAAAUAUUAGCAGAGUUAAAAAAAAUUAUAAGUACCCGUAUUAAUAUGAUAUAUGGGAAUAAACUAUCAAACUCCUUGAUUGAAGUUUUAACAAAAUAUAAUGAACGAUUUAAACCAGAUCUGAAUUAUGAGUUUUAUAGAGCAGUGAAAGAGAAAGUAGAAAGAGCACUACUUACAACGGCAUCCACACCUCACCUUUCGAGCACAGCUUCAAAAGUUGUGACUCUUAAGGAUUUGCAUCAGCCUAAGCCGCCGGCACCUCAAAAGAAUCCAACUGUACCCCAACAGAAGGCAACAACAACGCGAACACCUGCGGUUAUGCAAGUGUCGCAAGUUGCGAGCGCUUCUGGUAAAGUUGUGUCACUUCAAAAAGAUCUGCAGCAGCCUAAUCCAGCUCCUCAAACGAACUCCAGUGUACCCCAACAAAAGGCAGCUGCUCCACAGAAACCAUCACUCUUAAAACUAACAGAAAAUGCAAUUCCAAAAACCCGACGUGUUAAUAAGGACACGGAUGAAUGGAAUCGUUAUAUGACGCCUAAGGCUUCAGGCAGACAGUGGUUGCCCAGUUACCCAGGAGGAAAUAAAAAGAAAUAUCUAGCACACUGUAAUGCUCUUAAAUCGGGAAUCAAACCAGAGUUAGGAGAUUUACUUAAAACAGCAAUUUGCAAAGAGUUGAAGGCGUUGCAAGGCGGCUUGAAUGAGGUCUGCAAAGAACUUGACCAAGAAUCGGGCGAGGCGUAUUCGGAUAAAUGGAAGACAGCUCUUGCUCAUUUUAGAAAGACCGUGGAGUCACACGUCUCAAAACGUAUAUUAAAUUAUUCGCUGGAUUUUGGCGUAAGAUUAUUAUUUCAUCCAAAAAAACCAAACCGUGAAUUAUUAGAAGCUUUCCUGGAGCAAUAUGACGUGAUUAGUUUAAGAUCAGCGAAAAAGAAAAUGGGUAUCGCCCAUUGCGGGACCUGUAAAGGAUAUGAUGAAUUAUGUAAACUUCGACACGCAAAGAUUGACGGACAAAAUGUCUUGAUUAAACCGUUAAAGUUUAUUAAAGCAAAAAAAAAGAAAAAUAAAGGACAUAAAGAAGACAAUGAUGAAUAUGUAGAAAAUUCAGACGAAUCUGCGUGCGAAUCACACGAUUCCGAAAAUGCGGAAGAGUUCAAUAAAGAAGUUACCGAAUCUCAACAAGAUAUACUCAACGAUUCGGACGUUCUUUUCGUAGAAAAUGAACCUGAGAUUGUUAAUUUAGAUGAUACAGAUGCUGACUAUAUUGAAACAGAGGGUCACAAAACGUAUAGUGAGGUUGUUAACACACAAAACACUGUCAAUAAUGAGGAACCCGAUAAGUCAGAGGACAGCCUGGGUCUACAUAGUGAGAUUAUCUUAUGUGAAGCAGUGUUAAUUGAGAAUAAAAACAAAGAAAUUAAUUUUAAGGAACCUGAAAAGUCAGAGGACAGUGUUCAUCCAAAUAGCGAAGUUCCCUUAUGUGAAACAAACAUAAAUGACAAUACAGACAAAGAAAUCUUAAUAACGGGUGCCGAAAAUGAAAUAGAAACAACAUGUGAACCAGGGAUGGCUUUGAACUAUAAACUGAUUCAAAAUGUGAAAGAUGACUCUCCCGCUUUAAUGGUCGGCAAUGAUUGUUAUGUCGUACUUGAUGAUGCAGCAGAUGAUGAAUUUGCUAAUCAUUGUGACAAUAUAGACGAAACUCUUAAAGAUGUCGCCACUGUUGAGAUCGACGAAAAGGAUUUAGAAGAUUUUUAA